AUGUCCCUCUUCGGCAGCGUUAGCACGGCCACCACCUCGGCGAGCCAAACAAACACCACAGGCGACAUCUCCAAGGAUGUCGCGCUCAAUCAACCUCCGGAGGAUAGCAUCUCGGAUCUGCGAUUCUCCCCCGCCAGCGACCAUCUCGCCGUCGCUUCCUGGGACAAGAAGGUCCGCAUCUACGAGAUCAACGACCAAGGCCAGAGUGAAGGAAAGGCGCUUUUUGAACAUGAGGCUCCCGCCUUGAGCUGUUGCUGGUCUCCGGAUGGAUCCAAAGUAAUUGGCGCGGGUGCCGACAAAGCUGCGCGACUGCUAGACCUUGGGUCGAAUUCGACCGCUGCCGUGCAAGUGGCUGCCCACAGUGCCCCCAUUCGAAGCUGCCACAUGAUCCCUCACCCCGUUGGCGGCUCUCCGCUGCUCAUUACCGGCUCUUGGGAUAAGACCGUCAAAUACUGGGAUCUACGACAACAGACCCCCAUCGCUUCAUUGGACGUCCAGGACCGCGUGUAUACGAUGGACGUCAAGAACAAGCUGCUGGUCGUUGGCACUGCAGACCGCUACAUCGACAUCAUCAACCUUCAGAACCCCGAUAAAUUCUACAAGACCAUGCAAUCCCCUCUCAAGUGGCAGACGCGGGUAGUCAGCUGCUUCACUGAUGCUUCGGGCUUUGCCGUCGGCAGCAUCGAGGGCCGCUGCGCCAUCCAAUACGUUGAGGACAAGGACUCCGCCUCUAAUUUCUCCUUCAAGUGUCAUCGUGAGAAUCCUCCAGCCAACCGAGACAUUUGCAACAUCUACUCUGUGAACUCCAUCUGCUUCCACCCCGUCCACGGAACCUUCAGCACAGCCGGUAGUGACGGCACGUUUCACUUCUGGGACAAGGACGCCAAGCACCGCCUCAAGGGUUAUCCAGCCGUCGGCGGGCCUAUCUCCAGCACUGCCUUCAAUCGCACUGGUACCAUCUUCGCCUACGCUGUCAGCUACGACUGGAGCAAGGGCUACUCGGCCAACACCCAGCAGUCCACCAGCAAGGUCAUGCUACACCCCGUUGCGCCCGACGAGUGCAAGCCUCGGCCUGGUACUCGCAAGCGGUGA